UUGUGUGGAGAAAACAUUCACAUUCUGGGAAGCACAAAAUCCAUCACCCUCCAGAAAAGGAUAAGAAGAACGCUUUACAUCCCCCACAAUUCUCUGCCAAGGACAUGUUGGUCCUGCAUACGGACAAAACCGCUGCACAUGGAAAGGGUGAAACCAAACACAAAAAGCAUGUGUGGAAAAAACAUUCUUCAGUGAGAAAUAAGAAGACGCAUCAUCCCCUGGAAGAGCCUGUGGACCUGGACGUCUGCUCUCCAGCGACAUCCACGUCCACCGUAGACCUACCUCUGGCUUUAGACAAGUUGGACGAACUGCAGGAAGCAGAUGAGACCAUGAAGAAAAUGUCUCUCUGGAAAAAACAUUCAAGUGUGAAAAGGCACAAGACUCGUCAGCAUCUACAAGAGAAUCAAAAACCAGGUCCGUUAUCCAGACCGGUGACACACUCUGCCAAGGAGGUUUUACUGCAGCCUACAGACCACAUGCAUGAACUGCAGGAAACACAUGGAACCAAAACUAAAAAACAUCUGUGGAGAAAACACUCGGUGAGAAAACACAGGACACAUCACCCCUUAGAAGAGGAUCUGAUGCAGGAGUUCUGCCCUCCAGUCCCGUUCCCCACCACAGAGGACUUACCCCUGUCUGAAGACAAGACUAACGAAUGGCUGGAACGGGAUGAACACCAGAAGAAAAUGUCUCUCUGGAAAAAACAUUCGACUGCUAACAUGGACAUGUUUCAUCAACUUUUAGAAGAGGAAAUGAAACAGGUAUCUUUACUGUCUCCGAUGAUGAUCGUCCCGCAUCACAAAACCUCUGAACAUCAUGACAAAACCAAAAAGAAAAGGUCAGUGUGGAAAAAAACUCCCAAAGACAGGACAGAUGAACAUCUUGACAGCGUCCUACCAGAGGACUUCCAUUCUGGUCCAAUGACAUCCUCUGCACAGGAAGUCCUAGCCUUAUCUGAAGACCAGACGGACGGUCCCCAGGAAAAUGACGUGGCUAAAAAGAAAAGGCACGUGUGGAAGAAACGUUUUUCUUUAAGAGUGAAAAACAAGAUUCAACAUUUUCUAGGAGACAAAGUGAACCAAGAUCAUUCCUUUCCAGCGACGCCUUCUGCACAUGAGGUCUUGUCCCUGCCUGAAGGCGAAGCAGACGAUGUUUUAGUGGAAAAGGACAAUGUUGUAAAGAAAAAGGAAAAGUCUUCAUGGAAGAAACACCUACCUAUGAGAAUUAAAGGCAAGAACCAUCAACCUCUAGAGGAGGAUCUGACACAGGGUUCCUCCACCCCAGUAGUUCUACCUCUGCCUGAAGGACAAACCCAUGAGCACCAUGUAAAAGACAAGAGCAAAAGGGGAAAACAUCUGUUGAAAAAACAUGCCUCUUCGCGAAAAAACGCAAUGAAUCAUCAUGAAGAAGAGGAGCAGACGCAGGGUUCUGGUCAUCCACACUCCACCAAAGAACUGUUAGCUUUGCCUGAAGAACUGCACGAAAAGGACAAGGGCAAAAAGGACAAGUCAAGGAAACACAAUAAAAAAAAUAAGACACAUCAACACGCAGAACCAGACCAAGAACAGGACCCUUCACUUCCUCCGAUGACACACCCUACCGACGACACUUUAGCGCCACCUGAAGACAAAGCCAACGAACAACAUGAAAAGGACAAGACCAAAAAGAAACGAAACCAUACUGUGGCCAAGAGACGACACUGAUGAAUUAGAACCAUCCGGAAGAAAGAGCGCGAUCAAACGAUCUGCAAACAACUGUGUCAUUGUUGGUUCUCCACUUUCACUGACAAACUAAGACCUGACCUGAAAACAUCCCACCCUCAAACCAGUCAUUCACUGGUGGCAUUUUAAUUUAUUUACUUUAGAAUUUUAUAAUUAGUACGGUUUUAAUUAAAAUGAAUAUUUUCGAGAAUGCAAAACAGAAUUUCAACUAAUUGUAUAGGAAACCAAUAAUUUACUAAUGUUGUAACAAAAACAUUGGUAUGAAUAAAUCCAGUGUUUAAAAUGUAGCAGAACUAGUAAACAAAUCUGCCAACUCUAACUACAACAACAUACUUCUAUAUGCUGAUGAUGGAGCGGGUCACCUCAUGAUAACCUGCAGUUACUGUCAGCGAUACAGACGCAGAAUCACAGCUCGAACGAGGAACGUGCAUUUCACAGAUCACGAGAAGAACCGCACCGUUUGUGAAACGUUGUCUGACCCUUUAAGGAAGUUAGUGGAGUAAGUUUCAGUACUCUUUAACUCUUCCUUGUCCCCUGCUCAGAUGAUGCAUCAGCAAAACAAAACGAAACCUGCACAGUCAACAGUCAACAUGGAAGGCACCUCAAACACAUCGCUCUCCUAAAUAUCAGUGUCUCCACUGGACUGAAUGCAGCCUUUCUUUGAGAGGCCGAGCGCCACGUGACUCUUUCUGUGCUGCUCAUUCCUCGAUGCUCGUGGCACCACAUGGUCUCAUCAGGGAGGGGAAAGAGGAAGAGAGAGGAGGAGAGGGUGAGGGUGAAGAGUGAGGAGAGAAGCUGGUGGCAGGAGGUGAUGUGGCUACAAUUUUUUUUUUUUUUUUACCCCAAACAGAACAGAACUGUGUGUGUGUGUUUGGGACAGACUGAGCCCUGUGAGAAAAUGUGUGUGUGUGAGUGUGAGUGUGUGUUGAUCUGUUAAGGAGCCACCCUGGCUCUACAAACACUAAGGGAUUCACUUCAGCCCCAAAACAACGGCCCCUUUAAAUCCCUGCACACGGCGGCGGCAGCAGCUCGAUCUCUCUCUCUCUCUCUCUCUCUCACACACACACACACACACACACCACAUCCCCAUGCAUCAGCUUGCAUGGAUAUCGUGCUAAAGCCACUCUCAUCCUUCCUAAUUAGCUGCUCAGCCUUUGUAGCAGAGGGACUGUUCACUGGGAGACAAUGAGUGGUCAGAGUGCUGAGGUCGUUGGUUAUUGAAAGUCUAAUUUUUUUUUUUUUUAAUUUAAUGACCUCUGACUUGUUUUUCAUGACUUCUUUUUUCGGAUUUCUUCUGCCAGACGCCGACUUCAGGAAGUGUCAAGUCAAAUCAGUUAUCUACUGUGCGGUUUAUUUAGUCAGACUGUGUGAGACUGUGGUUUGGUUUCACUGAGACUCCGAGACUCUAACAUCCAUUUGUCU